AUGGUCUGCCUUAACCGACUUUCCAUCUCAGCUAUCCUCUUGCUCAAUCUUGGCGAGCUAGCUGCAGCUGCACCCAUAGCUAUACGAGAAGCUAGCGUCAGCGAGAGCACUGAAAUAACUACAAGAGAUCUCAAGAACCCGAUUGUCGAGAGCAGGGAUGAGAAGCUCAAAACUGUUAACGCUGUCUCGAGUGUUAUCAAGCCUAUGAACAAAAACCCCAAGCGUGGCCUCGAUGAUUUGGAGGAGCGCGACUUCGAAAUACUGGAAGAGCUUGGACUUGUUCUCCGAGACGCGUAUGCCGACGAAAUCAACAUCGAUACCCGAGCACCCUUAGCGAUUACGAAGCUUAUUAAGAAUGUUGUAACUGGUACCGGCAAAGACUUGGACAAGUUUGCAAAGGUCCACAACAACAAUGUCAGGAAGAAGCAGACAGCAAACAAGCAGGCGAAGCGUGACUAUCAGGACAUUCAGCUUGUUCUCCGAGAUGCGUAUGCCGACGAAAUCGACAUUGAUACCCGAGCACCCUUAGCGAUUACGAAGCUUAUUAAGAAUGUUGUUACUGGUACCGGCAAAGACUUGGACAAGUUUGCAAAGGUCCAUAACAACAAUGUCAAGAAGAAGCAAGCAGCGAACAAGAGACUGUAA